UUCAUUCUUCAAGUUCUGGCGGAAGCCGAAAGACGAUGCUUCGUUUCUGUUCUCGCAUGUGAACGGCAAUAAUUGUGUUGUUUUGUAAAUUCAUGUUAAAUUUAUUGAUUAAGGUGGUUAAAUUGUGAAUAUAAAAGUGUGUUGUGUGUGCGUUGCAUUAGGUUUGCCGAAACGUAGAAAAAAAAUUGUUACGUGCUAUUACGAAAGUGAGACAAAAUCGUGUCCGACAUCUUGGAAGCAUUAGCAUUUCGCCAUUCUGUGAAGCAUUUUCGGUAUCGCAAUCAGACGAAAAGCAAAACAUCCUUUCCGGCUGUCGGAAACCGGUUCCACACGGCUCGCAUCUGCGCUGCAUUUUUCGAUCCCGUGCAGGCAUUCGUGAGAUAAAAUGGCUCCGAAGAAAUUCAACAGACGGAACCACCAGCCGAAGGGACCCUACUACUUCUUUAUGAUGGAGUUCAAGAAGAAGCAGGAAGCCGCCGGAUACUGUUUUCGGAAUGGAGUUCACGAGGUGCAGCAGAAAGCCUCCCCCCAUUGGAAUUCAAUGACCAACGAAGAAAAGGAGCCCUACCAGAAGAUGGCCACGGAACAUCGUAAAUGGUUGCGGGAUAAUGGAGAGAAAUACACCUCCCAGGGCAUUCCGCUGACGAUGGUCGAAGCUGAGCAGAAAGCCAAGCAGGCGAAAGGGGACUUGAUUAAGAACACAAUAAGCGAUAUGCUGGACAAGGCCGUUGCCAAUAAUGAGCUGGAAAAGUUGGAAUUCUACUUCAUCUCGUUUGCCUACUUCUGCGUAACGUCUGGAGGCACCUACAUCCCGGCCGAGAUGGGUUUGGUGCGAUACAGCCUGAAGGACGGCGUCAUGGACAAGCUGCACAUGUUCAUCGAUCCGGGAAAGCUUCCCCUCGGCAUGGCAUACGAUGCCAAACAGCACUCCGAAAGCGACCACCAGCUUCCGAUUCCACCGGACGCCAAGGGAGAGAAGGACAACGACGAGAUUAUUCUCAAGAUGUUCAGUUUCUUAUCGCAACAAGAGAAAAUGCCUCCACUGUUCACUGAAACCAAUGACAUCAGAAUGGUUGAAAACAUCCUGAAAGGAAUCCUGAACCAGGGAUCGAUGGACGAAAACACUUUGCUGGUUUGUCCGCUGUCGGAGAUGUUCUACCAACUGAAACGCGCUACCGAAAGUUUCGGUAUGGACAUCAAAACCUUCCCCUCGGUACACAUCGCCCAAGCCAUCAUCCAGAAGGAUGUUUACGAGUACACGAAGGAUAUCUCGUGUGAAUUUCACGAAGAUCAGGGUAACGGAAAAUAUUGCCCCCUGUCCCGAUGCGUCCGCUGGGCUUAUAUCAUUUCCGACAGCUGCUGCUUGGAUUUGAGCAUCGAGAUGAAACCCGGCCGUCACCUGCCGAUGAAUGCCGACACGGCACUCUGCAACACGACGGAAAUCGUCGACACCAGCUCGUACAUCAGCAACCAGAUGGACAACUGCUCGUUUGUGUCCUCGUCCGAGCUUACCCACGUGACGAAUCCGAAGAUGUAUAAACUGCCGAAAGGGCACUACGAUUCUUUGGAUGACAAAAGCAAGGUUUUCAGUCACAGCCGCGGGUUGAAGUACGAUUCGGACUACAGCCGUACGAAGAUCAAGGAUGAAUAUCCGGCAUUGGGCGACUCGAUAAAGAAAGAAGGCUCAAGUAGCAGCAGCAGCAGCCGUCGCGAGUCAUCCCGUAGUGCAUGGGAGCGUUCAUCCACGCGAGACUAUUCUCCGGCGCGUAGCUCAUACGACGCCUAUGAUCGGCGUGAUCGGGAUCGGGACAGCAGCCGUCGUGAUCGUGACCGUGAUCGCGACCGUGACUACUACGGCGGUAGUAGCAGCAGCAGCCGCGACUACGGCCGUGACCACGAUCGUGAUCGCCACCGUCGUCGCGAGUCGCCGGAACGUCGACGAGGCGAGAGCAGCCGCAGCAGCAGCGAUUACGUUCGCGUUAAGCAGGAACGGCACUCGUCCGAUUCUGAGAAUGAAGAGAUGCGUUCGAUUUCUUCCCGGUCCAGUGAUGCGCACCGAGUGGGUGGGUAUGGUCGUGGUGCAUUAUUUGCUGCGCCGGCUUCAUCAUCGCGAUCACCGCCGGGAGGCAGUAGCUUCUCUUCGAGUGAUUUCCCCGAGCUGGGAGCGGUCCGUAGUGCUGGGCGGGGCAUGUUGAGCAAGUAAGCGGACACCCUGGGGAAGAACAUUGAGAAUAUUGACAACAGAGAAAUCGAUGAAUAACAAUGUUCGACUGCUCAGCAUGGUCCAGCAUGAAUCCUCUACGUUUAAGGCAAGUUUUGCUUCAAUUGUAUACAUUAAGUUUUGAAAGUUUUAAUUUGUUUUCGGUCAUGGUUUUCUUUUUUAUUAUUUUUAUAACAUCUUUCAUGUUUCGUGUCACACUUUUUUCCUAACAAUUCACAUUUAACUUCUUUCGUAGUCACGGAAAACAUAGAGAAAUCCUAAUCCAUUUUAGUAUCGUGACAACCAGUUUUUGAAGAAAAUCAAUGUAUGUAUCUAAGUUUAAAAUUUACUUCUAUUGCUUUAUUAAUGUUUUGUGUAAAAUUGUGUACCAAUGCCAGUUUAUAUUGCUCGUAACAAGAGAAUGAGAACACAAUUUGAAAAAAUAUAACAUCCUUUAAGAAGGAAACUAAAAUUUGAAAGACAUCGCUUCAAAUCAAAAUAAAUUUUCAUUUAUUCCCUAUGAUUCGAAGAAAACUGUCAAAAGCGAUAAUUGAAGCACGAAUAAUAAUAGAAAUACAAAAUUAGUCACUUAAGGAACCGAAAAGAAAUGCGAACAAUUGUGUAAGAAACCAAAAGAAAAUGUGAAGGAAUGAUACUGAAAGAACGAAAAAUUCUACAUAUAAAGCAGUUUAAAAUUAUCUUCAUGUAACAAAACAGUUGAUAAAUAUUCAAUAAACGUGAGUCACAGCUUA